UUUCUGUUUUUCAUGCCUCUCUCUCUCUACACCGACAAGAUAACCAUCACCGUACUAGUCACACCCAACAACCUACCCUUUCUACAUCCUCUUCCCUCCAAACACCCUUCAAUCCAAACCCUCGUCUUCCCUUUUCCCCAUCACCCAUCUCUUCGGUCCAAACCAUGACAAUACUCCCAUCAUACGCGCCCUUUUUGCACUUUUCAAUCCCAUCACCCAGUGGUUCAACACUCACCCUUCCCCACCUGUAGCCAUCCUCUCUGAUUUCUUCCUCGGUUGGACCCAAUACCUCGCUCAUUGCCUGGGUGUACCCCGGAUUGCCUUCUAUUCCUCCGACGCAUUUUUAACCUCCAAUCUCGACGUUCUCUGUCCGAAACUCGAAAUUCUACAUCCCUUCCCAUCUCCCAUCUCCUUCCCCAGCCUCCCACAUUCCCCUUCCUUUCCUUACAACCGCUUUCCCUCUAUAAUCCGUCUCUAUAGGGAAUCAGAUCCCGAUUGGUAGAUCGUCAAGGGUGGCAUGAUCGCAAAUUCCCCGAGCUGGGAGAGGUUUGAUUAUAAGGGUAUGGGCCCCACAAGUCCCAAUCUUGAACCAUGGAGCCGUGGGCAGGUUCCUGACUCACUACGGAUGGAACUCGAUGAUGGAAGGGAUUACGGUAGGAGUGCUAUUGCUAACCUGACCGAAAGAAGCUGACCAGUUCAUAAAUGCUGAGUUUCUAACAAUUGAGAGGUUUAAGUUGCAAAUCCUUUUCUUGUCUUCCUUUUUCUCAUGACAGGAUUGCAAAACCAGCAGCUUAGCUCAGCGAUGGAGAGAGAAGACCAAGGGGAGUCUGAAGACUAGAUAGUUUGGACAGAACAGGCAGAAUAGAGCAAAGCGGAAAGAAGAAAAGGGAAGGGAAAGAAGAGAGAUCGGGGAUGGGAGGAGAGAGGAGGAGAUAGAGAGAAAUGUGAAAGAAUAGAAGGGAUUACCGCCAUUGCUGUUUUUAAUAUGGAGAUUAAAAAAUAUUACAACGGCGGAUGUCAACGGAAAGCUAACGAAUACCAGAUUCAGGUUGUCUCAUGGGCCAUAUUACAAAGAUUCUUUGUCGCAAAACAAAAUACAGGGGUCUUUGUCACAUACCCCAUAGUACGGGGGGUUUCUUUUUGAAAAAAGGCUCAAUAAAUUUCCGAGGGAAAGAACAAAGGAGCGUAACUUGCACUCGCCCCAUAAACGAACGUAGCGCGCAAAAACCGCACGCCCGCCAUCAAUAUAAAACCAAGGACAAAUCAAAGCUGUCUUCAUUUCAUUACGUCCAAUCUUACGACAGAAGAAGAUGCCGGAAAAUCAACCAGACGACGACGACGAGGGUUUCGGAGACUUCAAGUUUGUCUCCUCGUAUAAUCAACCUAUCAGUUUGGACCAAAGCAAAACAGCACAUGAAGACGAAUGGGGAGACUUUGUGGCCACUUUCUCUCAGAAGCAGAAUUCCUUGGGAAACUCUCCUGGGUUUCAACCAUAUAAUUAUAAUGGCUUCAAUGGCUUUGCUCACAGUCAAUACCCUGCUGUUCACCCUGAGGGCGGGAGAAGUUUUUAUCCUACCGGUUUUUUCUCGGAUUAUUCGACGAAGGUCCCUGAAUCGGAGUCAAACCAUGUUGAAAACGACAAGUCCCUGAAUCGGUGCCAAACCAUGCCGAACAGGUUUGUGGACACUUCUUCUCAGAAGCAGAAUUCCUUAGGAGGGUUUCAGCCAUGUAAUUAUACUGGCUUCAAUGGCUUCGUUCACAGCCAAUACCCCGAUAUUCACCCUGAGGGCGGGAGAAGUUUUUAUCCUACCGAUUUUUUCUCGGAUUAUUCGACAGAAGUCCCUCAAUCGGAGCCAAACCAUGUUGGAAACGACAAGUCCCUGAACCGGAGCCAAACCAUGUCGAACAGUUUUAUGUAUACUUUCUCUCAGACGCAGAAUUCCUUGGGAAACUCUCUUGGGUUUCAGCCAUAUAAUUAUAAUGGCUUCAAUGGCUUCGUUCACGGUCAAUACCCCGCUAUUUAUCCUGAGAGCGGGAAAAGUUUUGAUCCUAUCGGUUUUUUCUCGGAUUAUUCGACAAAAGUCCCUGAACCGGAGCCAAACCAUGUUGAAAACGGGAAGCAUUCGGCUCCUCCGGUUGCAGAGAAACGGUGGGAGAAGCCUCGGGGACCUUUGCCUCUUUCACUUUUUGGAGAUGAAGAUGAAGAGUCUGAUUCGGUUGAUCCUCCCUUAAAUGAUACUAUGGACAUGUUUUCUCCUAAACCGGCGACCCCUGUGAAGAAUGAACAGAAUGUAGGAUCAAAUGGUGCUUUUACUGACCUUAUUGAGAACUUGUAUAGUCAGGCUGAACAGAGCAAGACUGAACAUGGCUCGAGUUCCAAUUUGGUUGAUGAAAAAGGAGACUUUGACAACGAGGAAUGGGAAUUCCAGGAAGCCUCACCUGUAAAAAAGGUUGGAGAUAGAAGUUCCGCAGAGAAGAUAGAAGGGGCGUCUGAUAUGGUGGAGGUUCAAUUGGAAACGGCAAAGAUCAAUUCUCAAAUUCAGGCUGACGGAACAAGAUUGCAAAAUUUGGAGGGAGCUAUACAUAUGUCUGAUUUUAGCAGUGGAAGACAAGAAGUAGGUGAUUUUUCUGUCUCCGUAGAUGGGGUUUCCCACAAGCCAGCUGAUUUUGACAAUGGACUUCUGCUUGGGGAUAGUACUUUUACUAAGAAUGGUUCUAUUUCGGGAUCAUACACUCAAUCUGAUCAGAUUUCAACUGAAAAUGAAUCGAAUUCCCAUUUUGUCAAUGGGAAUGCUGAUUUUGAUGAUAAUUUCGGGGAUUUCAAAGAUGCGUUUUCAGAAAUGGGAGCCAUAAAUUGCUCUUCUGAGCAUAAGGAGAAACAAGGGAGUGCUGGUUCUGGCGCUGAAAUAGAACUCAUACUUGACAGUGAAAUCCAGGAUCUGUCUUCAUCAAAACCGACCGUCUAUGUAAGAAACAGCACAAAGAAUGAUGGUUCCAGUCCAAAUGUUUCUUUCAAUGAUUUCAUAAUGUCUUUAUACCGUCAGGCUGAGCAUGCUCCAACUGUUGAUGCUACUCAGAAAACGAUGGUAAAUGGAUCUGAUUCAGCCCAGACAGGCAUGGAUUCACAGUUAAUGAGUGGGAAAGUCACCGACAUGUCUUCACAAUUGGUGAAUGGAGAAGAUAAUUCUGAUGAAAGUUCCUGGGAAUUUAAGGAUGCCUAUACAGAAACCAGAGCUGAAGAUCAAAGUUGUGUAUCCUGUCUCAUAGAUACAAAUACAAAAUUUACUAAAGAAUCAAAACUGAAGAAUUUUGUGGAUAUUUACACUAGAUUGAAGGAGCAAUCACACUAUAUUGCACUUCACCAUCUUGAUGGUCUGAAGAAUGCUCAGAAGGUUGCUGCUCUUUCUGGUGAAGAUGCAAAAGCAGUAGCACUCCAUGAGGAAAUCCAGGUGGCUUGUAGGAAAUUGCAUAUGGAAAAUGUGGUUUCUGAGAAAUCAUUCACAGAGGAGCAUGCGACAAUAAAUAUUUCAGUUGAUGAAUUUAUGCAAGAACCAGACUUCCAAAUACUCGAAGGAGAAUAUCACUUGUUAAGAAGAAUAUCACUUGCAGAAAAGGAUUUAAGCUCUGCAAUUGAGCUCUCCGAACAUGCUAUUUUGAUUAUAAAUAUUCUGGCCAUGGGAUCUGUGGAAGAGAAAUCCAGUUAUGUCGCUUCAUUAUCUCAAAUGAUCUUGGUUUGUGUUGAAGAGUUGAAACACGGUGGCCUGAUCUGGAAGCAGUCAGUGCAGAAGAAUUUACAUAAGAAAAUACUAUCUGAACCACGAGGCCAGAGAUAUAUUCUUGCCCUUGGAGAAAUUUACAGAGUGGUUGAAAUUCUAAGAGCAUCAGGAAAGCUUUACAAGCCUUGGAUACUUUCUAUUCUUGCGGACCCAUCUGAUAUCUUUGCUCUUUUAGAGGAGUGUGUUGCUGUAUGGUCAAAUUCAGGUCUGGAAGAAGCUCUCAAGUCUCUAUCCAAUGGACUUGGUUUUGGAUGUGACGAAACUACCAAGGCAUUGCUAGAAUCAAUCAAGUCCAUUCAUGACCUUGAUGAAGUGGUCCUGCAAAACCAUCUCCUUGCUAAGAAAGAACCAGUUUGUCAGCUGUCAGGAUUAUCUCUUGUGGCGGUGCCUGGCAUGAAAUUUGUGGUGUGGAAUGGAGAAAACUACUUUCUGACACUAGCAAACUUAUGGGUGAAUAGGAUAUCUCUUGAUCUUCCAAAAUUACCUAACAUACAUGUCAGUAAAUGAGGAAGUUGGUGAAGAAGUUAAUAUGGACAUAUUCAGGAAAUUUUGUGACCAAUUUGCAAUUCAAUCAGUGUGGUCACCUUCAACAAGGGGGGUUCACUACAAAAGCUGAUUGGAAGGAAACGCAUUAAGCAGCUUGGGCUUUCGAGGAACUAAAGAGCCUCUACUAAAAUGGAAUGUACCUAAAGGUGCAGUUUGGAUUCCGGAGGUUGAUAGUGGGUGCUCAGCCUUGUAAUUUGAUCUGUCUAGGUACCCAGUACAUUUUCUUUUUCAAUCCCUCUGUUAAAAAUUGUAUCAUAGGCUUUGGAUGUAUUACUAUUAUAUUGUCCUGUUGCAUCACUUUUGUAUAAAAUGACAGUGCUGGUUGCAUUCGGGCACCCACAUAAACAGAUAUAGCCAUGUACAACUAUGAUUCCCCAACAAAAAAAAAAAAA